AUGCGGUUGAAUCUGUCCCCCCUGCUCCUCCUCGCCUCCGUAUCCUCCGCCGUCCAACUCACGGGCUAUGACUUCAUCGUCGUGGGGUCGGGCGCCGGAGGCGGGCCCCUCGCCGCUCGUCUCGCCCUCGCGGGCCACAAAACGCUCCUCCUCGAGGCAGGCGACGACCAGGGCAAGAGCACCAACUACACGGUCCCAGCCUAUGCGGCGCGCGCGUCCGAGGACGGUGCCAUUGCGUGGGACUUUUUCGUGCGCCACUACGCCGACGACGAGCGCCAGGCGCGCGACUUCAAGACAUCGUACCGGACCCCUGACGGGUCCAUCUACACGGGGCUGAGCCCGCCUGCCGGCUCCAAGUUGCUCGGUACGCUGUACCCGCGGACGGGAACCCUCGGCGGCUGUACCGUUCACGACGCCCUCUUCAUCGUGUACCCCUUCCGCUCCGACUUUGAACACAUCGCCAACCUCACGGGCGACGCGUCCUGGGCGCCGGACAACAUGCGCAAGUACUUUGCGCGCAUGGAGAAGAACCUGUACCUGGACCGGGAGACGGCAAAGGGCCACGGCUUCGACGGCUGGCUGUCGAUUGAAAACGCGCCCCUGAGCAUCCCCUUCCGGGACAAGCAGAUGCUUGACUUGUACCUCGGCGGAGCCUUUGCCGUCAGCAACGGCACCAACAGCACCUUUACCAACCUGGAGACUGCGCUCGGCGGGGAUGCCAACGCCGAUACGGCGGAGCGGGACCGAGACGGUGGCUAUUUCCAGACUCCCUUCUCGGCCGACGGCGGCACCAGGAUCGGGCCCAGGGACUUUAUCGUGGCCGUGCGUGAUGCGAAGAACGCCGACGGUAGCAAGAAGUAUCCCCUCGAUGUUCGCAUGAACGCGCACGUCACCAAGGUGCUGUUCGACAAGAAGGGCGGCAAGGAACCCCGGGCUACGGGUGUCGAGUUCCUCGAUGGCAAGUACCUCUACAGAGCCAGCCCGCGGUCCCGGGACGGAGCCAAGGGCAAGAAGGGCUCCGCGUCGGCCCGUCACGAGGUGAUCCUGGCCGGCGGCACCUACAACUCGCCGCAGAUGCUUAAGCUUAGCGGCAUCGGCCCGAAGGAGGAGCUGUCCCGGUUCGGCAUCAAGGUCGUCAAGGAUCUCCCCGGCGUGGGCACCAACCUCCAGGACCACUACGAGAUCUCGGUGACGGGCUCCGUCCCCGAGGACUUUUCGGCCCUGCGCGGUUGCACCGUCAACGAUGACCCGUCCAAGGAUCCCUGCCUGGAGCGCUGGGAGAACCCUGUCCGCGGCGACCGCGGCUAUUAUGCGACGAGCGGGCCUGCCUUUUCCGUCCUGCGCAAGUCGGCGGCGGCGUCUGCCAACGACACGUUUGACACGUUUUUGUUUGGCAGCCCGGCCAACUUCCACGGCUACUUCCCGCACUUCAGCGUGAACCUCACGGCGCGGGCCAACAUGUUCACGUGGGCGGUCCUCAAGGGCCACCCUAGGAACAACGCAGGCUCGGUGACGCUGCGGUCGGCGGACCCGCUCGACGUGCCCGAUAUUGUGUACAACUACUUCGACACGGGCGUGGGCGACUACGCGAGCGACCUGGCGGCGAUCCGCGACGGGAUCCGGCUCGCGCGCCGGGCGUUUGCGAGCCAGCCGGUGCCGGUGAGCGAGGUGCUGCCGGGCGCCGACGUGACGUCGGACGAGCAGAUCGACGCCUUCGUCCGCGACACGGCGUGGGGCCACCACGCCAGCUCGACGUGCCCGAUCGGCCGGGCCGACGACCCCAUGGCGGUGCUGGACUCGAGCUUCCGCGUGUACGGCGUCAAGGGGUUGCGCGUCGUGGACGCGAGCGUGUACCCGCGCAUCCCGGGCACGUUUACCGUCGUGUCGACGUUUAUGGUGGGCGAGAAGGCGGCCGACGUGAUUCUGAGCCAGCUGAAGGAGUAG